UCCUGGUAGCGUCUUUAUUAAGUGGGCAAAUUUUCUGCUGGUUUCAGUUUCUUUUAAAACUUAAGAACACGCCUUGGUGCAGACUCGCUUCUCACCUCCUGCAUGUUCAAUAUAAUACUCUUAAUGAAAGGACACCUCUAGCAAUCCACUAGGUUGUCUUCAGCUUUCACCUCUAUUCAUUUCUGGGUUUGACCUCAAAUCUAUUUUUACAUACUUUGAUAUUUAGUGUGCGUGUGAGAGAGACAGAGAGAGAGGGGGUGGAACGAGUUUUGAUGGCUGGAUUUGGAUCACCAUGGAGUGGUUUGAGUCUGAGGUCCGCAGGAGCAAUUUGUAUCUUUUUUCUUGGUGUGGCAUCCAUGAUUGUUGUAGCAGAGGCGAGAUUGAAGCAAGAAGUUUUACGUGAUAAUGAGAAUGAAGAAGUUGAAACUGGUUGCUUCACGAGAUCAUUCAAUUUUUUAUGGCAAAAAGGUCAACUGGGUUAUACACAUGUUUGGCCUGAAAUGAAAUUUGGCUGGCAAAUUGUAGUGGGUAGCAUAAUUGGAUUCUUUGGAGCAGCAUUUGGGAGCGUGGGAGGUGUUGGUGGGGGUGGUAUUUUUGUUCCUAUGCUUACCUUGAUUAUUGGGUUCGACGCAAAAUCGUCAACUGCAAUUUCAAAAUGUAUGAUUACUGGUGCAGCUGCUUCAACAGUUUACUACAAUUUAAAGCUUAGGCAUCCUACUCUUGAUUUGCCCAUAAUUGACUAUGACUUAGCACUGUUGUUUCAACCUAUGUUGGUGCUGGGAAUCAGCAUUGGCGUUGUUUUCAAUGUGAUUUUUGCUGAUUGGAUGAUCACAGUUCUGCUAAUCAUUCUCUUCUUUGCCACAUCGACUAAGGCUUUCUUCAAAGGUGUUGAAACAUGGAAAAAAGAAACCAUAAUAAAGAAGGAGGCAGCAAGACGAUUGGCAGCAUAUGGCGAUGUUAAUGUAGAAGUUGAAUACAAAUCUCUUCCUGGAGGUCCAAGGAAUGGUGCAGGCCCAGAAUCCAAGGAUUAUGGAAGAGAAGAGGUUUCUGUUCUUGAGAAUGUUCGAUGGAAGGAACUUGGAAUUCUCUUUGCUGUCUGGUUGAUUAUCCUUAUGUUGGAGAUUACCAAGAAUAAUACGACUACUUGUUCAGUGGCGUAUUGGGCUUGCAAUUUAUUGCAGAUUCCAGUUGCUGUUGGAGUUUCUUCAUGUCAGGCCGUUAGCUUAUACAGAGGACAGAGGAAAAUAGCAUCCAACGGAGAGGCAGGCACAAAUUGGAAAGUACACCAGUUGGUUCUUUACUGUUGCUGUGGCGUAUUGGCUGGUAUGGUUGGUGGGUUGCUCGGUCUUGGUGGAGGAUUCAUUCUGGGACCACUUUUUCUGGAGUUGGGAGUCCCUCCACAGGUGUCAAGUGCCACAGCUACAUUUGCCAUGACAUUUUCUGCAUCCAUGUCUGUCAUAGAGUACUAUCUCUUGAAACGUUUUCCAGUUCCUUACGCACUAUACUUUGUUGCUGUGACAACUGUCGCCGCCCUGGUGGGUCAGCAUGUGGUAAGAAAGCUCAUCAGUGUCUUUGGGAGAGCAUCUAUAAUCAUCUUCAUCCUUUCAUUCACAAUAUUUGUGAGUGCAAUAUCACUAGGUGGGGUUGGUAUAGGAAACUUGUUAGUGAGGAUUGGAAACCAGGAGUAUAUGGGAUUUGAGAACAUUUGUGCAUAUAAAGUUUAGCCUUGAUAACCUUCUUCAAGGGUAUCAAUAGCUUUAUCAUUUGUUUUAUCUUCUGUAAAUUUAAAUUUAUCAUGUGCCAAUUUCUGAAUCCUAGGAUUUUGAUCAAUCAAAAAACAAAAAUCCUAGGAUGAAUAAACAUCUGCUUGUGUUUCAACUUUCAAAUCCAAUCACAAUUAUUUUAUGCUUCACAUAA